AUGCCUUCACACUGCUGUGUUGUAGGUUGUACUCAGAGAGGGUAUACAACCAAGGAUGGCCAAAAAGUAUCUUUUUUUAACUUCCCAAAGGAGCCUUUGAAGAGAAAGCAGUGGAUCCACGCCAUUAGACGCGAUGAAGGGAAAGAAUUCCAAAUAUCCGAAAAGACCAAAGUCUGCUCUCUCCAUUUUAAACCUGAAGAUCUCAGGAAGACAUUAACUGGACGGCUGCAUCCACUGGAAAAGUCUGUCCCAUCGAAAUUUAUGUGGAGUUUUUCUMCGAAGAAAAGAAAGGCGCCGAAGGAGAGAUUGCCAUUGAAUAUUCCAUCGUCGUCAAAAAAGCAGAAGGUGCAAGAAAGAACAGAAGAAAGCAUCGUUGAUGAGUCGCCGGACGUUUUGUCUUGUCCUGAAGACGAUCAAUCUGUCGAAGAGAAGUUGGACGAAGCAAAUGUACGCAUUAAACAAUUAGAAGAGCAACUUGUCACACUCGGGAUUGAAGUAGAUAGACAUAAAGUUCGUGCAGAGGAACUUAAUAAUGAAAACHAAAGGCUUGAAGCCAAAGUACAGAGCCUUGAAGAAAUUAACUUGGACUUAAAGUCAAAAAUAUUUAAUGCUGAUCGCUUUGUUCGUGACCAAGAUGUUGCAUUUUAUACAAGCUUCCCCAACAUCCAUGUUUACAACGCAAUAUAUGAAUAUCUUGAUCCAGGUACUGAAUGUGAAAACAUUCGUCCCAAAGAAAAAGCAAGCSAAGAAGUUCCCGAGGACUUUUAUCAACAGAAUAAUGAAGAGGAGCUGCAAGAUGACAAAAAUAAAAGGGGUCGUAAAAGCAAAAUAUCAGCUAAUGAUCAGUUCUUUAUAGUAAKGUGCAGGCUGAGGAGGGGGUUUUCAGAGCAACACAUUGCCCAUCUUUAUGGUGUUGCACAGUCAACCAUAAGUAGAGUCUUCAUUACUUGGAUUAAUUACAUGUACUUAAAGUUUGCUCCUAUAUGUAUAUGGCCAUCAAGACAAACUGUUGACGAUACCAUGCCAGCGAUAUUCAAGGAGAAAUACCCUAAUACAAGGGUAAUAAUUGACUGUACGGAGGUGAGGUGUGAAAUGCCAAGCAGUUUGUUACUGAACAGUGAACUUUUUAGUUCAUACAAAAACCAUGUCACCUUGAAAGCUUUGGUUGGCAUUGCUCCCAGUGGUGCUCUUACAUUUAUAAGCCAGUUAUACACUGGGAGUAUUAGCGACAGGGAAAUUGUAACCAGAAGUGGGCUUCUGUCCCUUAAAUUUGAUGAUGGCRAUCAAGUCAUGGCAGACAAAGGAUUUCAGAUAGAUGACAUUCUGCCUUUGGGUGUUAGUAACAACAUACCACCAUUUCUUGGAGGUGAUGAACAGAUGUCACCUGAAGACGUCAUUAAGACCCAGCAAAUUGCCAGUGUCAGAAUCCAUGUUGAACGAGCAAUCAACAAAAUUAAGAAUUUUCACAUCUGGGACAGAGUAAUUCCACUGAGCACAUUUGGAGUUGCCAAUCAAAUGUGGACUGUUUGUGCUUUUUUAUGUAAUGCACAUGAUCCCCUUAUUUCUGAAUGA